CCUGGAGCAGGGCGGGCGGCCUCAGCCAGCCCGGGAUAAGCCGAGCAGGAGAUCCCUGGAGCUGCUGCGCCGAUGGUCGCGCUUUGCUCCGACGCCUCGCUUUUGGGGCUGGGAGGUGACUCCGACCGAGGUCGCCGAGCCUGGCGCGGCGCCCCGCAGCCCCCGGCAGCCGCAGCCCCUUCCCAGGGAAUGCUGCCGGGAACACGUGGCAAUUUAAAUGAAGAGUUUGGAGAAGCAUUUCCUGCCGUACCCGCGGAGGGAUGCCAGCCUGUCGCAGAAACACGGCUGUCGGGAUAAUCGCAGUGCUGUCAGCACAUCCUGACGCGGCUAACUCAGCUCUCCCACUCUGACUAGCUAUGUCCAGUGAAGGAAUGCAUGUGCUGUCAUCGUUUCUUUCGUGAUCGAAAGUAACACACUUGAUAGGAGAGGCGUGGUGUACCUUGCAGUUAAUAGGAGCAUUUAAGAAAAUAUGGGCAAAGAUAACUAGAGCUGAAGUCUGUUGUGAAUGAUAAAGCUCCACAGGUCGAUUGAGUGUUCAAGAUGUGGACAGAAUGGCUGGGAAAAGGGAGACAUUUAGCUGUUUGUCAUGGCAGAAUGUGGUAGGAAAAACAUUUGCAAUUAGUUCUGCAGUUAUAUGUGUGUUAUUUUCAUCCUUAUUUAUAUGAAUGCAUGCACAGAAAAGAGCCUAAUUUUGCUAUUAUAUCUACCUUCCGUAGAAACUGAAAUUUUUCAUCACAGAAAGUGAGACACAAGGGAGUCUCCUCAAAGUAGUGCAUAUGGUUUUACACAAGGCUAUAUAUAUAUGUAUAUAUGUUUGUAAGUCUUCUAUUUUGACAGAAGGGAAAAUAAUAAAUUUAAACAGAUAGAAAGAUCAUUGAAAUUAUAGAAAAGCAUAGAAAUUAUAGAAAAGGAUCCUGGAAGACUAGGAAGACUUUCUUUCAGGAUGUAGUAAAAUACUACUUCUGCAUUGGGUGAAUAUACUGGUGGGGCAAAAAACUUCCUGAGAGAGCUUGUGAGACAGAACACUGGAGCAAGGUAACGUUGUAAGAGAAUGGUUUGUGAAAAACCAGUGAUGCAAAGAAGUCAUAAAGAAAAUACUUUCUCAUAAGUGGAGUCUAUUCAAUCCUGUUUUAUCUUUAAAUUGUAUCUGUUACAAUAUUUUCCUCUUUGUUUUAAAAUAAAAAAAUUAUAGAUUUUUAAGAGUUACUGCACAUCACAAAUAAUGGAAAAAAAAUUUGUAGCUUUUGUACAAACACAUAUAACUUACCUCCCGAGAUUUUAAUGUUUUAUGUAUUUCUAGAGCCAGGAUUCUUUCAGGGACUCAUCCCAUCUUAGAGCUAGACAAGAAAAGACCUGCCUGGUAAUUUGAGUGGAAAUUCGUAAGGAGGGAGGAGGAAAGAGAAGGGAAGAAGAGAAGCAGGCACUGCAAGAAGCAUUGUGGAUGACUCAAUACAUGGCACGCUUCUGAGUCAGUCUGGUGAAGAAAGGCACAGCAGCCAGAAGUGUCAUCUUGGACUCUUGGAGUAAAUGGUGAUCAGCUCAGUGACCACCAGUGAUCAGGAUGGGCUUCUCCUGCUCAUACUUCAGCUGGAAUGGUUGCAUUUGUCCUCUCACUGAGCUGUGAAACACUCUGGGAAAUGUGACAGCAAAAGCACUGUUUUCAUAUAACAUUGCAACAGCAUUUCUGUCUUUAAUUAUUGCAAAGAAAUGUGAAGCCUAUGAUGUGAUGUUGAGGCAAAGCCUUGUGCCUGAUGGGCAGCCUCUUGCUAUUAAAUGUUCACUGGAAAAGAGCUUGAAAAGUGGAGACUACAACUUAACAUGGUACAAAGUUGGAAACCAGACACCUGUGCCUAGAGACAAACUGUCUAGAGUUCAUCAGCAGAAAAAUUUAAUUUGGUUUCUUCCUGCAAUGUUAGAAGAUUCUGGAGAUUAUGAAUGUGUCAUAAGGAAUUUGACAAGCUGCAAGAAAAUGUGCACAAAAGUAACAGUUUUUGAAAGGAUUGAUGGUUUAUGCUUAAAUGAAAAAUUUGCUGUAGAGGAGGUGAUAUUCACAUCAUAUUCUGCAAAGGUCGUGUGUCCCCACUUGGAUUAUUUCAGGAAUGAGAAGAAUAUUCAGCCUGUUCGUUGGUAUAAGGACUGCAAGCUGCUGGAGGGAAAAAGGUUUGCCCUUUCAAACAGUGACCUUAUAAUUUUCAAUGUGACUGUACAUGAUCGAGGAAACUACACGUGUGAAACAACAUAUACCUACAAUGGGAAACAAUAUAACAUUUCACGAGAUAUCAGUCUGGUUGUAGAAGUGACCGCACCAAAAAAGCCUCCAGAAAUAACUUACCCAAGAAACAACUCCAUUGAAGUGGAACUUGGCUCACAGGUUACUGUGGAUUGCAAUACAACAGGUGCUGAUGGGUAUGAGGUGUUCUGGACAGGCAACGGUGUGUAUAUUGAUGUAUUUUAUAUGAGCAGAAUUUUUGCAAGUCCCUAUGAGGAAGAAACUUCUUACGAUGGGCGCCCUAUACAUUCUGUGAAGCUGAUAAUUUCAGAAGUGAGCAGUGAAGAUUAUGAACAGCCUUUUGUCUGUCAAGCUUCAAAUGCCUUUGGGCAAGUUGCAUCCUAUAUUAUAUUAAAACACAGAGUUCCUGACAUACGAAGAUGGCUGACUGGAGGGCUCAUCUCUUUGUUAAUUUUGACAUUUAUUGCUUUAAUAAUCUACAAGAUUUUCAAGAUUGACUUGGUGCUUUGGUACCGUAAUUCUGUCUGUGCCCUUACAAGUAAGGAAGAUGGGAAAAUCUAUGAUGCAUAUGUCCUGUACACAAAAGGCAGUGAAAGCAGAAGUAUCUGUUGUCUGGAAACCUUUGUUCGUAGGAUACUCCCAGAUGUUUUAGAAAAACAAUGUGGAUAUAACCUUUUCAUAUUAGGAAGGGAUGAUUUACCAGGAGAAGCUGUGGUCAGUGUUGCUGAUGAAACCCUUAAGCAAAGCAGAAGACUGAUGAUUAUUUUGGGAUCAGAAACAUCUAGGUGCUGCCUGUUAGAAGACUCCUCUGAGCAACAACUAGCUAUGUAUAAUGCUCUCAUCCGUGAUGGGAUUCAAGUGAUUCUUAUAGAAAUGGGUGAGAUACAGGAUUACUCAAGCAUGCCAGAAUCAAUCAGAUACAUUAAGCAAAAACAUGGAGCCAUUCCAUGGAAAGGGGACUUCUCAGAGAAAUCAUGUUCAGCAAAUACAAGGUUCUGGAAAAAUGUGCGCUAUCAAAUGCCAUCCAGGAAAAAGGUAUCUUAUUCUCAAGUGCAUCUGUUGCCCCUAACUUGGAACAGUUCUGCAGCAAAGGGAAGUUAAGAAGCACUUAUUUAAAUAAUACUAAGAGGGUAAUUCUGAGUUGGAAUGGUUUUUGCAUAGUCUUUAUACUACAAAGUAGAUGUUUUCUUUGAGGAAACUGCUCAUCCCUUCCAUAAAUUACACCCUAAAAAAACAAAACCAACUCUGUGCAGUUUUAUUUCUGUUACAAGUUUUGGAUAGUGACACAAUUUGUUGUGUUAGUCUCCACCAAAUAUUAAAAAUAAACAUGGUGAUGGUGAUAGGCUAUUAAGUAGCUGUGGUCUACAUAAAUAUUGUAUGAAGAAAUAGCUGUGAAGUCCAUUCUUAAAAAAUCAAAACUGCAGUUGAAAAAUUAAAAGUCUAUUUCUAUCAUCAGCA